AGCAAGUCAAAAUAAAAUGAUAAAGCACACAGAAAGCCCGCAACCUUCCCGAACCCUCACACCCAACAGAAAGAAACAUAGAAGCAGUAUGGACCAAUUCCUUAUGAGUAAACAAAUUAAUUAUAUAUUACAUAUUGUACGAUAUAAUUUUCUGGAUUCUCCUUCACAGUCUGUGUCUUAGUUCCUUAUCAAUACCAAUGAUGAAUAUUACAGUAUUUUUUUCUUUCUGUUUUAGAGGGACAACCUUAAAAAUAGGUGACUGCAUAGACAUCUUUUUUUGCCCAAAUGUGUGUAGUAUGAGUUACAAUUCUAUCCACGAGUAAAAAGAAAUGAGCCCUUCAUUUAGAUUUGCUACAAACCCUAUUGGUGUAGCUUAUUGUCAUAAACCGCUUUACCUCUUGAUCACUCAGUUUCAUUAUUACUUUGCAUAACGAGUGAAAUGUGUGUAUUUAAACAAGGUACAAGGUCUACGGCAAUAAAGUAGUAUGGAAUUUCUGUUGUCAUGACGAAAAAAACCCAGGUAUAACUGAGGAAAUUCAAAGAGCCACAACACUUUCAGGUGGCUUUGCAUGAACAACAAGGCCAUCAGGUCGCAACUAACAUUCUGAGUCAUGUGGUCAGUGUGUUCAGAUGAAAGGGAACAUAAACUUCAGGAUGGUAUCCAUUGCCUUUCUGAAAGAAAACAAUGAAAGCGGAAUGAACGUGAACAGCCAUCAAACCACAACAAACCCCAGAGAUGCUAGCACAUGAAUGCCAUGGUGACAAUUUUGAGGGAGAUACAAAGGCGUCAGUGACACAAAUAAGUGGAAGUGAGUAAGAAAAGAAAAAAAAAAGUUCGAAAGAAAAAAAAGCAUGGACGUUAAGUUCCUCUGGACUUUUUUUUCUUGAUAAAUAGAAGUUUGUCUCUGAAGCUUAUAAAGCUCAGCAUAAAGCAGGAGUGAGAAUAAACCUGGGAGUGUGUAGUUAGGUAAGAUGACCUAUUCAACAUUAUUCAGCAUUAAUUGAUUAGAAAUUACAAACCAGACUCAAAACUUUUAUUUUUCCUAUUAUUCAUUAGAAAACGUUUUUGUUUUUAAGAGGGUUUAUAAGACUCUUGAAUAUUGGAGAUCUUUGAUCAUGUACGUAAAUAUCUAUUGUCUUACAUUUUGUUACUUUUUUCAGAUUUUUUUUUUUUUUUUUGGAUUUUUAAAUUAUUGUUCCUACCCCCACUGUACAUGUUUUUUAGGCACGCAGGAUAGCUUGUGGUGCUCUGUGCAUUAAACAAGAUGAAUUCCUUCUGAAUUAUCUCUUCUUUUGCUUUCUUUUUAAGAGUUUCCACUCCUCUUCAACCAUCUCUGUUGUGCUGAUGAAGCUGCUCAUUUUUUCCCUCCUCUCUGCAUUUCUGCUCGUCCGUUGUCAGAACCCAAGGAAGCACUGGACUCUGCUGCCCAACAUUCUGGUUGUGGAGGUGGACGGCACUUUGGGCCAGCAGCCUCUGAGCUGUUUGGAGCUGUCAGAAGAACGUUUGGGGGAACACAAUCGAAGUCUUGGAAUCUUCUGGAAAAAGAACGGAGCCCUGGAGCCACAAACAGGAAAUCUGUACAUGGUGCAGUUGGUGGAAAGUUUGGGUGGGGGCAACUACACCUGUCACAGCGAGGAUGGUUCACUCCUCAAUUAUACUGAGCUCCUGAUUCAUCAGGAGGACCAAGACAGCAGAAGGAUUCUUGUAAAAGGGGGAAAAGAGGAUUACUUGAAUUGCUCUGCUCAGAGUUACAGUGGGGAGUUCCACUGCUCUUGGACGUGGCACAGCAGUCGUGUGGGCAAAGUGGCAUUCGUCAUUGCUGAGCGCUUUUCUAGCAGCAAUAGCACCCAGUGUUCUCUGGAUGCCAAUGACCAGCACUGGGUUUGCUUAUCAGCUAAUGGUAAAGUCAGCUGCUCUGUGGACGACAACGAACGAGGGGUCUCUUGUUUGGACGAGCAGCACUGCCCCUAUGCCGAAGAGCACCACCCGAUCCACGUCACCAUCUUUGUGAGGACCGAGCACUAUCUACUGGAGAGCUACUCAAAACUCUUUUUCAUGUCAGAAAUAGUGAAACCCGACAAGGUGAGAAUUGACAGAGUCAACACAACAGUGAUUGAGUGGAGUUACCCAAGCUCUUGGAGCAAACCCCAUUCCUACUUCCCCCUAACCUUCCAGAUUGCACAACUCAAGGGUCGAUGCAGAAGGUGUGAGAACUUGUGCACUGCUGUAAAACCAUCAAAGCUCCUGACAGUCCAGUCUACAGACGGCUGUCAGUUUAAAGUGAAGCACAGGACUAAAGCUGUGUGCGUCCGAGCAAAGGAUGCUUUCUGCAACUCUCAGUGGAGCGACUGGAGCCACAUAACACUGAAGAAGAUCAGGAGGAACAAAGUGAAGCACAACAAAAAAGGAUGACAGAAGACUGCAGCGAUGGACACACCACUUUACAUGUAUGCUUCUUCGCUGAUAUAAUCAUUUUUAUUUAACGUAUAGAUAAAUAAAUACAU